UAGAAGUAUAUAAAUAGUUUGCAAUAUAUUGUGUAUAUCGGCCAUCUAAUCUUUUUACAUAUGAUAAUGUAGAAUCAUCGUGUAACUUCGUCUGGAUUUUCCGUAAUUAAUUGCGUUAAAAUAUACAUACGUACCAUUGGAAUGAACAUUUUACAAAAGAAAACAUCCUGUCUCAUUCUCGUGCGACUUAACAUCAAGAUAAAACCAUACAUUUUGCAAAUCAGACAUAUCAUUGUAUGUUACAGAAAAAAUGAUAUGGUGUUUAAUUCUUGUAUUUGUUCAGCAAUUAUUUUCCAUUGCUUUUACUGAAUAUACCGUUCCUAAACCAGAAAUAAAAAUUAAUUCGAAAGGUUUAAAAGUUUCCAUACCGGAUGAAGAUGGCAUACAGCUUUUUGCAUUCCACGGAAAUGUUAAUAAGGAAAUGGAUGGUUUGGAAGCCGGUCAAAUGUCAGUUGAUAUUAUAAAGAAGAAAAAAGGAAAAUGGACGUACAGAAACAAAUCAGUCAAAGUAAAACCUGGAGACAUAAUCUACUAUUGGCUUUUUGUAAUUAAAGACGGAUUAGGAUAUAGAUACGACGAUGGAAAAUUUGUUUAUAAUGGUUCUAUUGCCAUCCGACGGAAGCGAAUAAAAAAUAAAAAGUACAUCCAUAACGUAGUCCGCAGAAGUUCUUCCUCAUAUACGGGGGAUGCUGACAAAAUAGUAUUUCCUUUAGAUCCCUUACUUUACAAGGAACCAAAAAGAAUUUCCAGACAAGAUAUUGUAACUACAAUUGAUAAUCCCUCACCCCAACAACAAGAUGGAUCAAUACUUUCCCGUUUAGCCCAAACAUUAGGAAAUGCAGUAGAGAACAGACUACGUUCUCUGGGUCUAUUUAAUGAAAAUAAUCGCGAUUAUUCCGAUGAAUUCCAGCCAGGACCACAUCGUCAUAGAGCUCAUCAUUACUUUAAGCCUCCUUUUUUGUAUGGUUAUCACCAUCAAGAAUUUUACGGAAGAGCUCCUAAUCCCCAUCCUCCUACUCCUCAGGGCCUGCCCGGGCCAUUUCCAAGAGGACCACCAGGUGAAGAAAAUUUUUCAUCUAACGAUCAAUUUGAGUUUCAUAACAACCCGGCAUCCCAAAAAGGCGUAUCCAAUCCACAUGUUUAUUUGCAAACUGUAGGCCUAAGUUCAAUGCCAGAAAAUAAUUUCUAUUCAGCAUCUUUUGGAAAUCAUUAUCAACACCAACAGUCCUUAACACCAUCCGGAGGACCACAAAGUUCUCCAUCUGGCGAAACCUUCUAUUCAUCUUCUUCAUCGUUAUCUGUUAAUCCUGAAAAUGGUUAUUAUCAAUCAGUACCACCAUCUAAUCCUGCCGAUGAUAAUUCUUCAAUUCAUUCACCACGCAAUCCUUCAGGUCAACCAACCACUUUAGCCCCUUCAACGACUACAUAUAAGGUCAACACCGAUCCUGAUAUUGAUGUCAGGAUUUUAUAAUCUGUUGUGUUAUUUUAUAUUUUAAAGAGAUAAUAAACUGCAUAAAAUCUUUUACGUGUA